UUGAAGGAUGCACCUUCUCUUUAUGCAUUUGUUUAGAGAUUUAUAAAGCGGUGGGUGGUGGUGGCAGAAAAUACAAAAGUACAAUGACAGUGGGAAGUUGGGAAGAAGAGUCCUGCUGGUCCCCAAAACACCAAGACCAAACACAAACAGAGAAGCAGCUGCUAGAGUUGGAACAUUUUUCUGUCACUGAACGAGACCAAGAACAAGCUCUCAUUAAAGGGUUUCAGAAAAAUGUAGACUUGAAUGAAAACCACAGCAUUUACGAAGAAAGCGAUAACCUUGAUGGAGUGACGAAGCAUGAGUACCCAAUAAGGUCAUAUGCUGAAGAUUGCCCCUUUUAUCUUCGAACUGGGUUCUGCAAGUUUGGUUUUAAUUGCAAGUUUAAUCACCCUGUAAGAAGAGUGGUUCAGGAGAAGGAAAGAGGAGGGUUUGUGGAGCAGCCAAGCCAGAUUCAAUGCAAGUUUUACCGAAGUACAGGAGGGUGCAAAAAUGGAGAAGCUUGUAGAUUUAGCCACAACAUAGUAAAGUCUAAGAUACAGCCAUCAGAGAUUAAUGCUUUUGAUUUGCCAAUAAAAUCAGAAAAGGAGAACAAAAGUGAAGGCUCUGUGGAAAAGACAACGAAGAUUGAAUGCAAGUAUUACCUGUCUGCUGGCGGCUGCAAAUAUGGAAAAGCUUGUAAAUUUAAUCACCCCAAAGAAAAGUCUUGUACAUACAUAAAAAAGCCCAAUACAGCAAUUGUGGAGCUUAACUUUCUAGGUCUGCCAAUCCGAGUGCUAGAGAAAGAGUGUCCUUAUUACAUGCGCAACGGUUCUUGUGCAUAUGGAGUUAAUUGCAAGUUUCACCAUCCUGAUCCUGUUGCUGCUGGAGGAUUUGACUCAAGCCCUACUGGAGUAUCUUUGGGAGGUCAUUCUUCUGGAAACUAUGAUGGAUUAUCCAAUUCAUUGCAAUUAAUUAAGGAAUCCGAACCAGCUGUGGAAUUAUGUUCUUCGAAUUUGACUUUACAUAACUCUGCUCCCUUCUUUGAUAAUCUCUCAUCUCAUUCCCGUGGGACACAUCCAGAUUCUAAGUGGAUUAGGCCUCAGGGAUCAAUGUACCAGGGUGCAAGGACUGGGUUGACUCAUUCAGUUCCUGCUGAGAAUAACAAUCUACUGUAUUCAUCCAAUGUCUCCAGAUAUCAUCAACAACAAAUCGAAGAGUUUCCUGAACGGCCUGGUCAACCUGAGUGUAGUUACUUCAUGAAAACUGGAAACUGUAAAUAUGGAUCUUCUUGCAAGUUUCACCAUCCUAAAAGCAGAUCUUCCGGAUCAUCUGUUUGUACACUGUAACACUGGCCUGCCCCUGUGACCUGCUCUAAAACGUAUGGCUUUUUGGGUGGAACUGAGACUCUGAUUUAGAAGAAAUCUUUCUAGGUAAUUCGGCACCCUGACUGUUCCCCUGACCCUUUCUCCCUUGAGUUAAUUAAUAUCUUAAACUUUGUGUUCUGUAACUUAUGCUAUGGAAUGUUCGUUUCUAAGUUGUUUUCCCUGGUUCGAUCAUUAGACCUUUAUCUGCUAUCGUUCUUUGUUCAAAACAAAUCGAAAACACACAGCAC